UGCCAUCUUGAAUAGCAUGGUGGAAUGCUUUUACGGGAAAUGUUAAAGUUUUAGUGCGUUGGUGAUAGACUAUAUGUAUCUAAAAAAUGUCGUUAAAUUGUAAUAAAAGUGGUCCAAUUAUAAACAAUAAAUAACUCAUAAUAUUUGUAUUAAAAUUCGCAUUUAUUUGUGAAUAAUAAUAUUUAUCAAAAAUGGAUGCUGUUAAGGCAUUUACAUCCGAGCUAUCGGCAUUGUACGAUGUCAAGCCGCCAAUAUCAAAGGCCAAGAUGAACUCCCUCACCAGAGGGGCAAUAAAAGCAAUUAAAUUUUAUAAACACGUUGUUCAAAGUGUCGAGAAAUUUAUCCAAAAAUGUAAACCAGAAUACAAAGUUCCUGGUCUUUAUGUUAUUGAUUCAAUAGUGCGACAAUCAAGACAUCAAUUUGGAGUUGAAAAAGAUGUAUUUGCUCCACGUUUUGCUAAAAAUAUGCAAUUAACAUUUUUAAAUUUAUUAAAAUGUCCUCCAGAAGAUAAAAGUAAAGUAAUAAGAGUAUUAAAUUUAUGGCAAAAAAAUGCUGUAUUUCCACCUGAAGUAAUACAGCCAUUGUUUGAUCUUGCUGAUCCAAAUCAUCCAAUUCAUAAAGAACAAGCAAUUAUUAAUGCAAAUGGUGGAAUAGCAACAAAUAUAGGAAAUAAUUUAUCUGGUUUCGGUGCAAUAUCAAAAACAUCAUCACCUGGUAUUAAUAAAAAUAUAAAUAAAGAACAAAAAUUAUUUACAACAAAAACAAUUGAUCCAGGAUGGCUUGCACAAACAAAAUUAGAAGCAGCAAAUGCUAAUAAAUUACUUGGACAAGUUGGUUCAAAUCAAGUUGAUGCAACAUUUUUAGAUCAAUUACAACAUUUACAUCAAUUAUUAUUAAAAAAACAAGAUGCAUCAAAUGAAGCACAAAAUUCUGUUAAAUUUGAUAAAAAAUUAUUAGAUUAUGAUUAUGGUGAAGAGGAAGAUGAUGAUGUUAUUAUUGCAAAUUCACCAGCAACUGGUACAUCAUCAUCAACAAAUCAACAUAAUCCAAGUACAAGUAGUAAUCUUGAAUCAUUGGGUUUAUUAUUAGCAAAUCCAGAAGUAUUAAGACAACUACAAACAUUACAACAUACAAUGCAACAAGGUGGUGGUAGUGCAUCAGCAACACAACAUGAAAUGGAAGAAAAAAUGCGUAAAUUACAACAAAUGAAACAACAAGAAGAUGAAUUUGAUAAACAUCUUGCACAAACAGUAUCAAAUUUACCAUUUGCAUCUGAAUGUGAAUUAAAACCAUCAGAUAUUAUUAAAACAAAUUCAAUAAAUAUGUAUAAUUCAGCUGGUAUGAUGCAACAAGAUAUGAGUCAACCACCACCUGGUUAUCCACCAGCAUUUGUAUCACAACCACAAUCAUCAAGUGGUUUAAGACAAAUGAUAAAUCAAAAAUCUCCAUUAAUUGAUGAACGACAAGAUUCAGAUGAUUAUCCAAUAGCAAUAUCAUCAACACGUAGAGAUAGUUCAAGUGUUGAAAUUGUUAAUUUAGAUUCAUAUAGAUCACAAAGUAGAUCACCAGAACGUUUUAGAAGACACAGUAGAUCAAGAUCACCACGUCAUAGAAGAGAUAGAGAUAGAGAUAGAAAAUCAAGAUCAAGAAGUAGAUCAAGACGACAAAGAUCAAGAUCACGUGAUAGAAAAAGAGAUGAUAGUCGUGAAAGAGAAAAAAUAAUAAGUGAAGAAGAAAGAGAAAAACAACGUGAAAGAAGAAAACGUGGUUUACCAAUGAUUGUACGUGAAAAAAUGAGUGUUUGUAGUACAACAUUAUGGGUUGGACAUUUAUCAAAACUUGUACAUCAAGAAGAAUUAUCAGAUACAUUUGGUGAACUUGGUGAUAUUGUUAGUAUUGAUUUAAUAUCACCACGUGGUUGUGCUUUUAUAUGUAUGAAUAGAAGACAAGAUGCAUAUAGAGCAUUAACUAAACUUAAAAUGUAUAAAAUGCAAGGUAAAGCAAUAACAUUAGCAUGGGCACCUGGUAAAGGUGUCAAGGGUAAAGAAUGGAAAGAUUAUUGGGAAGUUGAACUUGGAGUUAGUUAUAUACCAUGGAAUAAAUUAAAUAAUGUUACUGAACGUGAUUUAGAAUUAUUGGAAGAAGGUGGUAUGAUUGAUGAAGACACGAUACCACCAAAAUUAAUUGAUAAAUAUUCAUCAUUAGUUAAAUUAAAACAUUCAUCAUCAUCAUCAGCAACAGGAACAACAACAACAACAAUAACAACAACAAAUGACAAUACACAAUCUGUUGGAUCAACUCCAUUAACAACAUUAAAUGACACAAUAAUGCCAGUAUCAUCUUCAUCACAACAAACACUAAUUGACACUAGUCAACCACCACCAAUAAGAGCAACAGCAUCAUCUGGCUUGAUGCAACCAAAUAAUGCACAACUUUCAAUGAUGCCACCUGGUUUUUCAAUGGCUGGAGUUCCACGUAUGCUUGGACCAAUGGGAUUACAAAUGGGAUUGAUGCCCAAUGUUCCAAUUGGUGUACCACCACCAAGUAUGCAAAGUUUACUAGGACCAGGAAUGAUGCAAUCAAUGCUUAAUCAAUCAGUUAAUUCACCAUUUGGUAGUGGUGUUGGAAUACUAGCACAAAUACCAAUGCCAGCACCUGCUGCACCAUCAGAUAAAACAAAUGCAACUGGAAUGCCACACAAUGUACCACCAAUGGGUGUACCACCACCACCACCAACAAAUGAUCUUCCAAAUCUUCCAAAUCUUCCAAUGCUUCGUCAAACAUUUGGUGUUGGUCUUCCACCACCACCAAUGCAAUUGCAAAUGCAAAUUCAACAACAACAGCAACAACAACAACAACAAUCUGAAGAUAUGGAUGUUGAAAUGGAAGAUGCAAUGCCACAAAAUUCAAUAAAUCCACCAAAAGAUAAACCAAAUUUAAGUGAUCAAUUACUAGCGGCAAUGGGAAAAGGUUCAAUGUCAGAAAAUGAACGUGAUAUAAGAGAUCGUGAACGUGAACGUAGAGAUCGUGGUGAACGUGGUGAUAGAGAACGUAGUGAUAAUACUAGAGAACGUGGACGUGAACGUGGUAGAGGUAGAGAUCGUAGAAGAAGUGAACGUGAUGAACGAAGAAAUGAUGAUCGUAGAGGAGAUAGAGAUAUGAGAACACAUGAUGGUCCACCACAAUUACCAGGUUUAUUACCAGAUCCAGAUAUUAAUAUUAAAAAAGAUAAAUUAAGUUUGGCUGAGAGAUUACGUCAAUUAGCUGAUGGUACAUUACCAAUUGAAGAUCGUAUGGAUAGAAUACAUGAACGUGGUGGUGGUGAUCGUAGUAUUGAAAGAAAUGACAAUAGAUUACCAGUACCAUUUGAAGAUCCAUUAAAUGUAAGACGUCCUGAUGGUGGUCCACCAUCAUUAAUGGAUUUACCUAAAUUUCCAAUACCAAAUGAACGUGAUUUUCCAUCUCGUGGACCAGAUUUUCGUCCACCACAAGAUAUACGUGAUUUUUCAAGAAAUGAACGUGAUCGUGGUAGUUUUAAUUCACGUGGUGGUGGUAGUGGAAGUGUUGUUGGUGCUGGUGGACGUGGUCCAAUUGAUGAUUUUACAGAUCCACGUAUGCUUGGUGCUAGAUUUCCUGAUGAAUUUGAUAGACUUGGACCAGCUGGACCAAGACCAGAUGAUUUUGAUUUACGUUUACAUCCAAGAGAAGAUUUUGAUAGACCAGAAAUACGUAGACAUCCAAUGGAUGAUUAUGAAGCAGAAAGAUUAGAAUUUGAAAUGCGACAAAGAGAAGGUUUUGAUCCAAGAAUGAAUGAUGGAUUUGAUCCAAGAUUACAUCCUGAUCAUCCUGAUUUUGAUCCAAGAAGAAGAGAAUUUUUUGGACACAUGGAAACUGGUCCACCAGGUUUUGGUGCUAUGAUGGGUAAUAGAGGAGGACCACCAAGAGGUCCAAUGGUACCAGAUGCAUUUUCAAGAACACCAAUUGGUGGUAGAGGACAUGGUCCACCAGCUUUACCACUAUUUCAUGGACGUGGAAUGGGUGGUCCAGGUCCACGUGGUAAUAUGCGACCACCAGGAAUGCGUCCAUUUGGUCCACGUGGUAGUGGUCCACCAUUUGAUCCACGUGAAGGUGAUGCAUUUUUCCGUUCACCAUUUGAUGAUGGACGUGGACCUCCAGCUGGUCAUAUGAGACCAUUUGGUGGUCCUCAUCCAAUGGGUGGUGAUGGUCCAUGGAGAGGACAAGAAAAUAUACCUUGGGUUGAUGGUAAUGGCAUUGAUCCUGAUGAUAUUCAACGUGAUAAUCAUUCACGUGAUAAUACUAAAGGUGGAGGUCAUGGUCGUGAAGGUAAUAAACAUCAAGAUAGAGACAGAGAAAGAGAUCGUGAUCGUGAUAGAGAUAGAAAUUCAAGAAAUAGAAAAUCAAGAUGGGGCAAUGCCAGUCCGUCACAUGAUGAUCAUCAUGAUAAUACAACAUCUGAACAGGAUAAUAAAGAUAAUAAUGAAAAAGUAAAAACAGAUAAUAAUGAACAAGGUAUUGAUGAAGAAAUGUGGACACCAAUUACUGAUAAAAAUGAUGAUGAUAAUAAUGAUUCUUGUAAUCAUAAUGACAAUGAUAAAAAUAAAAAAGAAUUAUCUGAUAAUAAAGAUGAUAAUGUAGCUGUUAAAAAUGAACAAAAAGAUGAUAAAAAUUCUGUAAAUCAUGUGCCAUCAAUGAGAGAAAAUUUGUCUGAAAAUAAUGAUAAUAAUGAUGAUAAUGAUGAUCAUGAUAUGCCUUUAGAGAAAGAUGUUAAACAAGUAAUAAAUAAAGAUGAUAAUAAUGAAAUAAUAAAUUUUAAAAAUGAAAAUAUUGAAAUUAAAAAUAAUGAUGAACAAUUUAAUAAUGAUAAAUCAAAUUUUGAUGAAAGUAAAAAUAUAAAUAUUAAAAGUGAUGAAUUUGAUCUUGAAAGACCAAAUAAAAAUGAUAAUUUAACGUCAUGUGAAGAUAAUAAUCAUGUUAUUAUUAAAGAAAAUAAUGAUGAAUCAGUUGUAUCGACAACAAAUGAUAAUUUUAGUGAUCAUUUUGAUGUUCAACCACCCAGUAAAGAUGAAGUAUCAUUAACUACAGAAUUAUCAGCAUCUCAAGAAUCGAGUGAACAAAUAAGUGUUGCUAAUAUUACUACUGAAGUAAAUGAAACAUUGUAACAGCUUUAAAUAUAUCAUAAAAAUAAUAUUUUAUUAUUAUUUUUUUUUAAUUUACUGGUUGUUGAGAGUGACCAAAGUGAGGGACUUUAAUUGAUCUCUCAGCCCCAUGUUAAUUUGUAAAUUAUGAUUCGCAGUGUAAAUAUGAGACAUCAUUAGAUUCACAUUAAAUUAUUAGUAAGAUUAAAAACAUAAAUUGUUUUUUAAACUAAAAACAUCAGUAAAAAGUGAAUAUAUUAAAUUGUCAAAGUUUUGGAGUUUAAGUGCGCUGGCCUUUUGGAGUGGUGAAAAAAAACAAAAAACAAAACAAAAACAAAACGAAAAACGUGAGUCCAGUGAGUCUCAAAAUUAUUAGAUUAUUUUUCUAUCUAUCUCUUUGUAAAUUAAUAUAUUUUUUUUCUUUCCAUUUCAUUUAUUUUGUUUAUUUAUAAUUAAGUUUUUCUAUUUCAUUGCAAUUUUUCUUUUGUUUUUUUUUUGUUCAAUGAAACAAAUAAUACAAAAAUUAUAUUUAUUAGCUUUCGAAAUUAUUAAAUUAUCUUUUUCAAUAGAAAAUAUAAUUGCUGCUUUUUAAAAAACAGACUAAAUAAAUUGCUGUGAUAGUGAACACAGGACGUAAAUUAUAUUAAUUAUUUAUUUAUUUUUUUUUUUUUCAUUUUUUUAAUUUUUUCAAAGUUGUAUCGAAAUAAUUUUUUAAACUCUGACGUAAAAUUUAUAUCAAAAAACAACAAAUCAAAUUAUUCAUGAAUUAAAAAAUUGCCUGCUUUUUUUUUCAUAAAUACCAAUAAAUUAAUUUUGUUUUUUUUUCUAUUUUGGUAUCGAUAUUUUAAGCUUACAAUCGAAAAUGUAUAAAAAAAAAUGAUUACUAUAUUGUAUUAUACAAAAAAAAAGAAAAGAAGAGAUCGAACAACAAAUUAACUUAAUAAUUAAUAAUUUAUUGAAUUGUAAAUAAUUUUAUAUUUUUCUAGCGAGAAAAAAAAAACAUAGUGAUUUGAUAUUGUGCAAAUAGUUGCUCAAUUAAAAAAAAAAGCUAAAAACAACAAAGAAAUAACAAUAAAUUUUUUAUACAUAUUGUUUUUCAGUAAAAUUUAUUAACGGCGUUGUUAUUUAAAAUUAAUUUUUCUUUACAAUGAAAGUUAAUCCCUUCAACGAUAUUUAAAUUUGAAAAAAAAAAAAAUCAAACUUUGCAUGAAUAAUGCUAAUACCAGGCUCAAAAUAAAAAAAAAAUUAUGUAAUUAGAUAAGUAAUAGCUUGAAAAAGUAAAAAAAAGAUGCUAAUUUUAUUAGUAACACAAAAACAAAAUUAUUUAAAAAUUUUAAAAAUCAAGAUUUGUUCCUGUGUUCACAACAAUCAUUUGCACACAUUGCAGCAGCGUUGGAAAACUCGCGCUUGCACUCAAACAGAGUGACAAGUGCAAGGUACUGUUCACUAUAAUUUAAACUAAAAAAAAAAAUAAGAAAAUAAUGCGUUUAUUGAGCUUAUGAGAA